CUAAAUACAUGUGUAUAUAACGAAACAGUUUCGAUUCUGCAAAAAGAAGACAGCGUCCUAAAAUGGGGGAUAAAUCGAAGAAGAACAAGACGAAGACGGAGAGGAAGACGAAGAAGCAUAUAGAGGACACAGAGAGUUCAUCAUCGUCAUCCCCUUCUAGCUCUGAUGAUGACUCCUCGAAGAGGCGCCGUCGGCACCGUCACCGCCACAGAAGCGAUGAGAAAGAAUCGAGGAGAGAGAAAGAGAGGCGGAGAGAGAAAAGAAGAAAGGAGAGGGAGAGAGAGCGAAAGAGAAAGAAAUUGAGAAAAGACGGAAAGAAGCGUAGGGUUUAUGAGAAUGAGGAGUCUGGGUCUGGAUCCGAGUCUGGGUCCGUGUCUUCGAGUGAUGAGAGUGAUCCGGAACGGGUUGAGGCCGAUCCCGAAGUGGUGGUGCGAGACAUGUUGACGGAAUUUCCUAGCGUUGGCAAUGAUUUGAUGCUGCUUUUGCAAAUGGUUGAUGAUGGGCAAGCUGUUGACAUAAAGGGUAUAUCCGAAAGAUCUCUGAUAAAACAUAUAAAGAGGCUGUUUCUUUCAUUAAGACUCAAGGAGAAUGGUCAUAGGGUGUUUUUACUACCUUCAAAGGCUCGUCCUACUUUAGAAGUUGUAGGACCCCUGAUUCGUGCUUGUAUGGAACCUAAAGAGCAACAAGCUGAUCAUUCUAUACCAGAAAAUGGUGUACAGUUGGUUGCAGCGGAUGUGGGCUGCAACCAUGUAAUGGAUGAAAACAAUGUGGCAGGACCGAGUACCGAGGAUGGCGUUAGUGCUACUAAAAGAAGAAUAAUUGGCCCUGAGAUGCCAUCAGCUGAGUUACUUGCAGCUGCAGCCAAGUUAACAGAAGCUCAGGAUGAGCUCAGAGAAGCUGAGUUGGAGGAAGAUGAUGAGAAUUUUAUAGGACCCCCACCACCUGCUGUGGUUGCUGAGGCUGCAUCAGCAAAUGAAGCAGAGCGAUUCGAAGAGGUUACCAGAAUCAUGGGAGCUGAGGCUGAUUGUCCAUAUGAUGUUGUAGGUGUCAACGUAAAUAUGUCCACGGAUAACAUUAAAAAAAGGUACUGGAAGUUAUCUCUUCUAGUGCACCCAGAUAAAUGCCCUCAUCCCCAGGCCCACCAAGCAUUUAUUAAGUUGAAUAAAGCUUUUAAAGAAUUGCAAGAUCCCGAUAAGAGGAAAGCUAUGAAUGAGAAAAUUAAACUAAAGGAAGAACAAGAAGCAUUUAAGGCUGAGUUGAAGGUGAUGCGUGAGGCUGCACAAUGGAGAAGAUUGCAAGGUAUAUCAAUUGAGGGUGAUGAUGAGCUCUUGGCAGACUUGGAUGUAAAAGUGGAACCUAAACGAGAUGAGUGGAUGACAACACUACCUCCUGAAAGAAAACCUGGUAUGACUAUGCAGUCCACAACAUUCAGCAGGAAUACGAAAGAAGGACGUGGGGACACUAGUGCUUGGACGGAUACCCCCUCGGAUAGAGCCCAGAAAGCAAAGAUGAAUUAUCUGGAAGCAUAUAACGAGGCUGCUGCUCUUGCUUCAAAUGAAGAGCAAAAGAAACAGAAAAGUUCAGUUGCGGAUUUGGUGGAUAAAUAUAAUAAAGAAAAACGGUCAAAAUCAUUGGUGCAGAAGCACCAAGAAGAGUCUGCCAUCGGUCGUUCAAAGAAAAAAUCCAAGCAGCAGCAGCAGCUAGAGAAAGAAGAGUGGGUGGGGCAACAUCCUUGGAAGCCUUGGGAUCGUGACAAGGACUUGUCAGCUGGGAGGAAAAGUAUAAACUUCGAUCCAGACAACAUGGCUCAGGGUUUUUCUUCCAGGUUUUCUUCAGGAACCUUCGAAAGAAACUUCCUUUAGACCUUGGGCUUGUAUAUUUACAGUUCGUACUAUUUGGUUGUCAUUUCACUAUUUCAGUCCUCUUUAAUUCAUAUAAUCGUAUUUAUGUUC